CAAUAUCAAACAAAACCCUUCUCUACCAAGCACUAGUUGAUUCCCAUUAUUUCCCAAUAGUAAUCUUUCUCUUCCUUUGUUCAUGUAUGUAUAUGGCAGCGAAACCAAUUACAGCCCAAGUUAUCGCUCUUACAGAGAAGAAGAUGGACAUGAAACUAGAAGAUAUAAUCAAAAUGUCUAAAAAUACAAAGGCUGUGAAGCAAAGAAGGGUUCCGAACAAGAGCCAAACGUUUUCAAACACUCUUCCUAAAGACAAAUCUUCAAAAGUGCAUCGUUAUAUGGAGUCGAGAUCUUCUCUUAGACAAGGCGUUCUUGCAAAAAGAAGGUCAAAUUUCCAGGGAAACCAGUUCCCCCUUGCAAAUGAGGCUGCACUAAAAGCUGUUGCUGCUCCUCUACACUAUAGAGUUUCUAAUCGUAAUAAGGUGGCUAGCUGGAAUAAAGCAAGGUAUUAUGUUUUCUUUAAUUGGUUUUUUCACCCAUGUUAA